CGCUCACGAAGCCGGCUUUGGCGAGCCCGCUGUGGCGGCGGCAACAUGGCGGACGUGCUAAGUGUCGGAGUGAACCUGGAGGCCUUUGCUCAGGCCAUCAGUGCCAUCCAGGCGUUGCGUUCCAGCGUGAGCAGGGUGUUCGACUGCCUGAAGGAUGGCAUGCGGAACAAGGAGACGCUGGAGGGCCGGGAGAAGGCCUUCAUUGCGCACUUCCAGGACAACUUGCAUUCGGUCAACCGGGACCUCAACGAGCUGGAACGUCUGAGCAAUUUGGUGGGCAAGCCUUCUGAGAACCAUCCUCUCCACAACAGCGGGCUGCUAAGCCUGGACCCCGUGCAGGACAAAACCCCUCUCUACAGCCAACUCCUGCAAGCAUAUAAAUGGUCCAACAAGCUGCAGUACCACGCAGGUCUGGCGUCCGGCCUUUUGAACCAACAGUCACUGAAACGUUCUGCCAACCAGAUGGGAGUGUCUGCCAAGCGCAGACCGAAGGCGCAGCCCACGACGCUCGUGCUCCCGCCUCAGUAUGUUGAUGACGUGAUCAGCCGCAUCGACAGGAUGUUUCCUGAAAUGUCCAUCCACUUAUCCAGGCCCAAUGGAACAUCAGCAAUGCUUCUGGUGACCUUGGGAAAGGUGUUGAAAGUGAUUGUCGUCAUGCGGAGCCUCUUCAUCGAUCGGACGAUAGUGAAGGGAUACAACGAAAGCGUCUACGCGGAAGACGGCAAGCUUGAUAUAUGGUCCAAAUCCAACUAUCAAGUUUUCCAGAAGGUGACAGACCACGCCACCACCGCCCUGCUGCACUACCAGCUGCCCCAGAUGCCGGACGUCGUGGUCAGAUCCUUCAUGGACCUCCAGCCCCUGGCCUUCGGGAGCCGGCCGCGGCCGCCACGGCAGACAGAGGGUCUGCAGCGCUAAACUCGACCCCCUCUUCCAAGAACACCUUUCUCCUAUCGACGUAAUUCGGGAGGACGUUAAAUGAUGAGAUGCGUGUGCCCAUCACAGCGAGGACUUGCUUCACUUGCUCGCAACCCUC